UGAACUAGGGCGUCGCCGGCUAUAUACGAAUUCAUUGCCUGUUUUUGUGAUUCAAUGUCGCUGGACUGUGUAUACCUUUGUUGUCGACAUGUCGUUUAAGCCUGUAUACCCGCAUUCUUCAUCAACACGUCUACGCCUGCAUACCUCCAUUCUUCAUCAACACGUCUACGCCUGCAUACCUCCAUUCUUCACCAACACGUCUACGCCUGUAUACCUCCAUUCUUCAUCAACACGUCUACCUGUCAGUCCAGCGCUGACGUGUGUAGACCAGCAACGCUCGCUCAACCCCACGCACACCCGCGCUGCGCCGACGGCGACAAGCGUCCUGGCGUCACAUGCCUACUUGAAUCCUCUCCUUGGACGUCAUCCCAGCUCCGCGAGAGCUUUCUCGACGACGUCUUGCCCCCGAGCUGCAGCAGCCGCAGCGGCGGCGGCGGCGGCGGCGGACGAGUACAAUCCCUUUGACGACGAGAUCAACCACAUCCAACACCCCCAAGACCUGAACCGAGCCCGGAGGAGAGAGAGGCUGAAACCAAAGCACCCAUCCCCACAGGCAGUCCAAGCUUCCGAAGCGCCCCAACUACUUCGCGAUCUGCAGCCCUCCGAUGCUCCCCCAGCGCCGCCGGCCCUCGGCGAGCUCGAGCCCGAGGACCUCGAGCGCAGACUGGCAGAGCUGGGCGCGCGCCUCGAAGCCGCCCACGCCGUCGACUGGCACGAACUCGUGCAGGACGCGCAGCGCGAAAGGAACAUUAAGCUGCUGCCAGGGUACAAUGGCAUGGAUCGCCACAAGAGGCUGCACGAGAUGCGGAUCCGGACGGACGUGUACACGGCGCGGGUGCAGGAGCUGCGGCAGCAGAAGCAGGACCACGUGACGGCGACCAGGGAGCUGGAGGCCAGCAUCGCAGCGCUGAAAGUCCUGAUUGCGCGCCACAGAGAGACGCAGCAGCAGAGAGAGGCCGAGGAAGACGAGCACCACCACGUCCGGCUGCAGCUCCGUGCAAAGAAAGAGCAUAUUCUCGCUAGGAAAGACGAGCUCGCAGUCCGCAUAGCCCGCCUCAAGGCGACGCAAGCACGCAUCCCCCUCGCUCCCCUCGACACCCUCGACACCCUCGACACCGACGAUGCCGACGAAGCUGCCCCCGAAUCCACACUCCGCACCGCCCCGGCCCAGUCCCGCCCCGGCCCCCUCGCCUCCUCAGCGCUCCGCGUCCACCUCCCCGGCGGCUCGUACGCGGUCGACGCCGAGCUGACCAUCAACCUCAACGCGGCCCAGCCCGCGCUGAAACAGCAACUCGCGCAACUGCGCCACCGCCUGCGCGCCUUCCACCCGCCGCUGGACGCGCUGCCCGCCGACCUCGAGGGCCGCGUCGACCCGGACCUGAAGCAGAACCAGGCGCUGUACCGCACCUGGCUGAAGAUCCUGGCCGGGCGGUACCGCGCCAAGACGGGCGUGCUCGGGUAUGCGGGCGAGAUGGCCGAGGGGGGUGCUGCUGCUGCGGCGGCGGCGGCUUGUGGCGACAAGCCCGUGAGCGUGGGCGAUGUGCUGGCGGCGCGGAUGAGCGAGCAGAGCAAGGCGCGCAUAGCAGCGCGCUGGAACGACGUGUUUGCCGCGAAGAAGGGCUUCGUCAUGACGCCUUCUGCGCUGCACGGCGCCGUUGCGAGGCAGCCGCAAGACCGUGUCGAAGGGCUCGCGGUUGAUCAUGAUCAGACUGCCGGGGCGGAUGAGCACUUCCAGACCCCGCCCACGCCGACGCGCAUCCAGCUGCAGCCUACCACCCAGACGCGCCCGAGACGCACACCCACGGUGCGCGAGGUCGUGCGGCGCGCGUACUCGACCAGCUCCCCCUCCUCCUCCUCCUCCUCCUCCUCCUCCUCCUCCUCUUCCUCUCUUCCGGACCCCCCAAACGACCCCCCGGAAGCUCCACCCGCCCCCCCAGCAUCCCUGCCACACCUAACACCCACGGGCUCCGCGCACAUGGUCCCCAUAACCGCAAAGUCCUCUACAGCACGCACCGCCAUAGCAGUAGGGACGGUGUACUUCUCGACCCCCCUGCCACUAGCGCUGAUCUCCCGCAACACUUUAAAAAAGGGCGACGUCCUGGCCGUCAGCAGAGUGGCUGGCAUCAUGGCCGCCAAGAAGUGUCCGGACCUGGUGCCCCUGUGCCAUCCCAUCGCGCUGACCCACGUCAGCGUCGAGCUGCGCACGUUCGAGGGUGCCUCACCACCCACCCACUCCUCGCCCUCGCCCUCACACUCACCCGCUGCAGCACAGGCCCACGGCGGCGUGGCCAUCGAGUGCAAGGUCGCGUGCACGGGUGCGACGGGCGUCGAGAUGGAGGCGCUGACGGCCGUCAUGGGCACCGCGCUGAGCGUGGUCGACAUGUGCAAGGCCGUGGACCGCUUCCAGCGCAUCAGUGACGUGCGCGUAGUGCUCAAGGAGGGCGGGAAGAGCGGCACGUGGCGGGAGGAGGCGUGGGAGUCGUGGCAGGACGAAUGAAGAAUAGACGUGUACGAUAUGUAAAUCUAGGAUCCAAGCAUAGCCUGGCGUUGUUAGCCUGGCGUUGUUGAGAGUAAUAGGAAUCAGAUUCAAGAGAGCAGAGCUCAGUG